AAACAUGGCGUUAGGAAGUGGGGAGGGUACACGGUUAACGCUGUUUAAAUACACCGGCAGUAGGAAGUUAAAAUGUACAGAGAAGAUUUAUACUGGCCAGAAACAGUCCCCUGUGUGUAUCCAAGAUGAAGAUGGGUACCUAUCGUUUCUCAGCCCACUCAGUGCUUUGUAUACUGAACGCCUUCUCUCAAACAUUCUACGUUUCCAGUGGGAAGAUCAGUUAGAUGAUGAAGCAAGGACUUCUUUUGUCACCAUCACUAAAGAGAAUGAUAUUUAUGGCUAUGAUAUGACAGUAGGAGUAAACCAAGCAGGUGAACCUUAUCAUGUAUUGAAUCAUGUCACACAAUGUCAGUGCCAAACGUUGAAGACGGUUUUACUGGAGCUAUGCAUUGAGGUUCAUGAACAGUCUAGCAUAUCAAUCCUGCAAUACAGAAACAGUGCCAUCACCAUAUUGAUAGACCAAACACAUCUUCUGCAUUUGUUGUUGUACAAAGACAGGCCACCAGAUGUCACCACUGUGUGCUCUUUAACAGACGACACAUUGCCAUUGCAAUGGGAGACAGUGGUCAACAUGGAAAUGGAGGGAGACUGGCUGGUUAUUAUGGAUGAAUUAGGUCUUAUUGCUUUCUACAGUGUUAUAAAUGGUAGCCAGAUGGCAGUGGUGGACACCAGGACAGUCCUGUCCCUACACAAACCAGUACACUUUGCAGUCACAAAAGACUUAAAGACAUUGAAUGUUGUGGAUACAGAGAACAAACUAGCUGUGAUAUCACUCAGUGCUUAUUUCAAUGUAAACCCACAUCACUUGAGAUCUAACGGUCAAGUUCAUACCAUUCCUCCCCUGACUGGUCAGUUGUCUGAAGUUGAUGAAGAUCAGGUAGAUCUUUCAGGCACCACUCAUAAAAUGGACACUGCAACAUAUGGGGAUCCAUUGUGGAAACAUUCAUUAGGUUCUUUACACUCUGCACUGCAGCCCAUGCUUAGUGAUUCAAGUGCAGGGGCCCGGUGGCAGAAAACAAGCUCUUCAUCAUCACCACCUUCUUCAUCAUUUCCAUUUCAUUUCACAUCUACUAGGACAGAGAGCUCUAAGAUAUGGGACUCUAAAAAUGUAGUCACAGGUCUUGGAGUUGAGAGCAGGUCUUUCAACCAGACUGGUGAAGAUUGUAGUUCCAGGGAAGUUUACUGGAGUGAUGUAGUACAUGUGUUGUCUGUACCAGUCUGUUGUGAGGGGAUGACCAUCAAGGAUAUGGCUGCUGGUUUGGAUAGCUUGGCAGUUUGGUGGAUGGGAGACACUCAUGGUUUCUUGUGCACUUUUGAUUUGCAAAGAGAUAGCUGCAGCAAACAUAGGCUGGAGUCUGGCACUGCUGUGUUGCUGUCAAAAUACCUCAGCUCUCCUCACUUCCUCCUCAGUGAAACCACUCUGUCUGCUGUGGCUUUCAAUUGUCAGCAAGAAGAACUUGUGAACAAGCUGAUGCUGUAUGAGAAUGCCACAGUAGCAGAUACCCUGUGUCGUCUCAAUUCCUGGGACAGGUGCUCUAUUCCCAUACAUGCUCUAGAGGUGGGGCUGAAACACAGGCAGCUGGACACUGUGGCCUUCUUCCUCAAGAGUAGGGAGAACUUGUUUACUUCCAAACCAGUUAUCAAGGGUGUAGGUAGGGUUGGUCAGUUCAAGCCCACCACUCCCCAGAGUCCAACAGGUAUUCUGUCCCCUGUGGCUGGAACCAUGACACAACCUUUCUUUGCCCACCAUGUGCCCAGUGACCUGGUGCAGGUGGAGGGUGCCAUUCAACUACUUAUAGCAACUGUUAAGGAGACUAUGAAGGACACUGGAUCUGUGCAGUUUGCUGAGCAGUUACUUCACCUGACCCUGGACUACCUCCACGGCCUGGUGAAGAAUGCUCUGCUGGCUCUUAAUGACCUCCUACUCAACCAGGGGGGUGACUCUGAAGCUUACCAAGAACGACUAGAACUAGAAGGAUCCAUAGAAAAGCUGACAGAUUACAUUUCAGAGUCUAGACAACUGAUGGUGGAUGCUCCCAGGGUGACCCAGCGACAGGCUGGGGUGAGGGUUGGCCCUGUUGUGUACAGGGAGGACCAGGAGCCUGUUGCUAUGGAUGAAAAAAUGGAAGGGUAUACUCUAAGAUGGAUGCACAUGAAUACUGAGGAAGUAAUAUUAGACGGCAUCACCCAGAACUGCAUGCCACUUGUCCAGGCAUACCUCAAACCACUGGGAGAGGAUGUCUCUCUGGGGCGUAUACUACAAGUAGGGCUGAAUGAUACCAUACAGCAACUAUGGGCCAGGAAGUUCCCUGUGGCAUGCCACUUGCUUCAGAACAUGGGAUUUGAUGUGUUCUCCAAGCUUAGGCAGAUAUGUUUCUUUACACCUCACCGAGAGCUGCGAGAGCACCUUAUUUCAGAACUCCUGGUGGCACAGCAGUGGAGAAGGGAAGAACGCAAUACAAUUAACUAUCUACACCAGGUGGAGACACUGUACACAUGUCAGAGCUUUGAAAAGUCAUGUCUGCUCAAGAAGGAUGGAGGUGGCAGUUGUAUGGAGGAUCCUCUAAGCCUUCAGUCUUCCUAUGAAUCCCACCCAGAACUGCUGAGUCACUGUGGUGACCUGGUACCUCUAGAGGACAAAAACAGUGAGACAUCACACUAUGCACACCUAUUGCUGGACUGGGUACAUACCUGGGAUACCAGCACCAGGGAACGCAUUCUGCUAGAUGUACUUCUUUAUAGCAGUGGCAGAGACCCAACCAACAUACCCAUUUCCUCUCAGACCCUUUUUGACUACCUGACUAGCCACAAUGACUAUGCACGCUUGCUGCAUUGGGUUCAGUCCAGCUUCCCUACUGAAGGUGAAGAGGUCAAGAUCAUGUGGCCUUACAAGAAACCCCUGACUGUUGAUCUGAUCCAGAACUCGACCUAUUGUAUUCCCUACCUCAAGGAAAGAUUAUUAGAUGAAAUUGCUAGGCGAGGUGUGUUCAUUCCAAGUGAACUUCAAGACUUCAGUCAGUUGUUAAAAAGAUUGGGAAGGAUUCAUCAGUCAGUUUCAAAAAACAAUCCAUGUUUUCUGCAAACCAAGUCGGGUUACAAUCAACUGACAUUCCAUAAGAAAAUGAUACAUUUCCUUACAGAGGAAUAUAUGCCCCAGGUGCUGUACUAUUACCUGGAUUAUUUUAGACUUGGUCUUGACCAGGAGAGUUUAGACAAGCUGGGGCUCACCACAGCCAAGCAGACCUGGGUGGCAAUGCUUGUCCAGUUUAGACUGCUGGCUCAUAACUACACAGAUCCCAGUCAAGUGUUUUCCGCCAGCCUGUCAUGUGCUCGUCAUAUUCUCCACCUCAGCACUGUCACUGUGGAGGACAUGUUGGAGGCAGGACACAUUGUCUGGGCCAUGGGAAUGCUACUCACAUCUCCACAUAGUAUUAAUCAGGUGCUGUCAGGAUCUGUCCAAGAUGACAGGCUUGGACGGAUAGAUCCCCAGCGUCUACGUGAGCAGUUGGCUGUCUACCCCAAGCUCCAGGCAGCCCUGUUUCCUAUGGGAGCUGAGGACAGUGUGCCCCAGCAGGACAUCACAGUGUAUCAACUCCUGCAGGGAACCACACACUUUGACCCUUCCAAGUCCUUCCUCUGGCAGACCACUAAUAACGUGAAGGCAGCUGAUGAAGAAGAGACAGAACUCCCUCAUUUCUCCCUUCCGUCUUUGACCAGCAAAUAUUCUUACAAGGGACAACUUGGCUUCACAUAUUAUCUCAAACAUGGGCGUCCAACAUUUGCCUUCCAUGCCUUCAUCACUGGGGAAAUCCAGGAUGGAGCAACUGUGAUUAUGCCAAGAAGACAGCAAAUGGCCUAUCAGAGAGCACAUGUUCUGGCUAUCCAGCAGUUUAAUAACACAGUUGUAGCUGCAGCAUGUGUGGCAUUUGCAGAAAUGAUAGGAAAAGAUAGCACUGCAAUUAGAAUUCACCUGCAGGUUGCCAAGACUUUGUAUACUUAUAAAACCAGUGGAGUCUCCAGCUCACUGUAUCAAAGAAAGGCUGCAGGGGUAUGCACGGAGAAAGAAAUUAGCAGUUUACUCCUGCCCUGUGUGUACCAUAGAAGGAAGUCUGCAAUGCAGGUGCUCUCUUUGUUGGAGGAAGCCGUGGCUUGGAAGAUAGAUCAUGAUAAGCUGAAAAAGACCAGUCUUGAUGCCAGCAAGGAGUGGCUGAUAGUGAUACUGUUUUGUCAUGUCCAGAAGCUCAAACUGACCACCACCUACCUGCUGGAGUGUGCAAAAGAUGACCAUUGGGUCCGCUUCCUCAACUUUGCUCAAUUGUAUCAGUAUCCAAAGGAACUGCUGGUUGAAGUGGUCUCCAGUUUCCGUAGCUCUCACCUGAGGGAGCACCUGCGACAUGUUGUGGAAACUGUACAAGUAGACCGUGUGAAGACAGAGGAAGACUCUGGUGUGGGAGGGGGCAGUAAGAGACAGGCACAGUCCAACAGGUCCAGAGACUCUAGAGCAACCCUGUAUUCAGCCCUUGGAAUUUCCAACAAAGAAAAAGAAAGCAGCAGUAGUGAUGAAGAAGCAGGAGAGGAGACAUCUUCACCAAAACCUACAGUGGCCUCAGCACAGCAACACCAAGAGGAAGCAGCACCUGAGGAGAUGCAGGAGGCCCUGCUGAACCCAGAUGUCUUACCAGAAGAUGUGUUUGGGGUGUUGUUUGCCUGCCAGGCUCAGCCCUGUCCCUGGAAAGCCAUGAUAGCCCACAGUGUGGCUCUGAAGAACCCUGUACUUGCUCUGCUGGCUGCAUGCAUUCAGGGGGCCUCCACUCUGGACUGCCUGUGUGCCUGGCUGCUGACCUCCCUGGAUGUGGAGACCUGUGGAGAGGCUCUCAGUGCCAUGGAUUACUCCAACAACUCUCUCUUCAAGAUGGAGGACCUCAGUCUGCUUCUUCAUUUCUACUUGCAGAAAAACUGGGUUUCCAUGGCAGCCACUGGGUUUUACAUUUUUCAGCCUCAAUCACCACUGGUUCCCUUCCUCUCUUUUUAUGGGAAUUUUAUGGAGAACAAAAGGUUUGAAAAGAGCUCUCUAAUGUUAGAGGAAUUCAAAGAACUAAUGCUAAAGUAUCGGCGUCGGAGCCCAAGGACUCAAUACCCACCAGACCUGAUAGGAGACAUAUUGUGGGUAGAAGAACAGGCCAGCAGCAUGGUGAACUUUGCCCUCAGGAACAUGGCGUCUGCUCAUGAUCUGCUGCAGUUUCUGAGAAUUGUGGACCAGAGUGCAGUGACCAGAGCAUUUGGAUGUGAAGUUCCUGAUGUGAACAAACUUUGUCGUCUGUACAACAUUCUGUACAAUGCAGAUAUCCAGGUGGAAUUUGAUUGUUUGAUCAGAAAUGAUACGAGAUACUGUGAGGAUAUUGUUAAUAAGUUACAAGAGAAGCAACUCUAUAAUGAGGCCAGAAUAUUUGCAGAAAUAUCAGGAGUUGCUAAAGACGAGAUUACUAUAAAGCAGCUUCAAGUAGAACUGGCCAAGUUGCAACAGUCCAGUGUGUGGCAGUCAGAACAAGGUCGGGUUGCAUUCUGGAACCAUUGUGAUGAGCUAAUGAAGAAAUAUCAGAUUGAUGUGGACAAAGCAGCAGCAUUCUUCAAGGGUCAGGUAGAGUAUGCAGCAGGACAUUGGGAGCAGGCUGUCUUGUGCCAGAGAGCACUCUGGUGGCUGCAGAACAAUCGUUUGGAGCACCAGCUAACCAUAGACAGACUGCAGCACAUUUACUGGAAGUGUCGAGUACAGGUGCAACUACAGAAUAUGGAAGAAAAAGACGAAAAUGGUAUAGUUAUUCCAUCAUUUGAUAUUGUAAUGGCUCCACACAGGUCACAAGAAGCAGUUUUACAGCAGACAAAGAAAGAGCUGCUUGGUUUUGGGAAGAUGCCUCGCAGUGAGCCCACCAAAAUGGCAGAUUUAUCUGCCAAGGAGAUAGUAGCCCUGGAAGCUCUGGUGGGCACACUGCUGGACAGUGGCCAGAUUUCUGAGGCCAGUAGGCUGGCCAGUCAGUUUGGAUACUUCAGUCAAGAUCUUGCCAUUGUGGUGACUUGCAUGCGGUUAGCUCAUGGAAAUAUUGCAUCUGAUGAUAUAGAUGAAAGUAUGAAAGAACUGCUGAACAAAGAGACACCCAAACGGAAGUCCACCCUCCUCAGUAGACCUGGAAGUGGUACAAGUUUUGCCAGCCUUGAUCCAGUUUCUGUGGAGAUGAAAGGUAUAUUAGCAACAAUGGAGAAAUUACAGCAGCAUUGUAACCAUGGGCAACAGUGCUGUCAGAUGAUAUUGACAGCCUAUAGAAUAUCACAGAUGAUUUCUAAAUAUAACUAUGAGCGUGUGAUGGAAGAACCCCACUUCACCUUGCUUCACAGUUUACUAACAUGUGAAAAUGAAGAGAGAUUCACUCUUGCCAAAACUUACAUAGAGACCAGUGGAUUAGCAGACUCUGAGCUCUGUGUUUUUCUUGCUGACCAGAUCCUCUAUUCACUGAGGGUGCUGACUGGAGCGAGCUCUGAUGAUGAAAGCUCCAUACCACGAAGUGGCAGUGAACUGAUUGUGAAGCCCUCCAGUUCCACGACAGUGUUUCCAUCAUUGAUUGACCUGUGUGGAGACCCCUCACUAUUGGGAAGCUGCUUGCUGGAUGCUGCUAAAGCACUGGGAAGUGACACAGAUUUGUCUUCUAAAGAAUUGGCCUUGGAAGUCGAGUUGUUAGUAAGGGCCCAUCACUGUUUUACAAAAGCCUGCAAGAUGGAAGGUAUUGCUAACAUAUUACGUUCAGCCAGAGUCUUGUCAGAGAGGCUUGCCAAAGCAGAGGAAUUUACACUCAUGUUGAGACUCCUGACUGGUGUUGGUCGCUUCAGUGAGAUGACAUACGUGUUUGACAUAUUGUGGCAGCAUCAUCAGUUUGAGUUGCUCUUCAGGAAGGGCAUGGAGAAGGCAGUAGGGUUUGCAAUAAAGGAAGACAAGCUCCGCCUUGCCAUUUUGGAGUACCUGAAACGCUACCACCCAACUGACAAUGAUACGUAUACCAUGGUGUCUCUCCAUUUUACCAUGUACAGAGAGAUUGCACAGAUGUUGGAGGAAAGAGCCAGGAAACAGCUAAAACAGUGGAUAUCAAAACAUUUAGACAACAGCCCAGAUAAUGAGAACAAACUGAAGGAGAUAAUACAGUUAUAUUCAGAUGCUGCUGAGAGCUAUCUAAAGGAGGAUUGCCUGCGCCAUGCACAGAGCUGUGUAAAGCAGGCUCAGUUGGUGGCUCUGCAGAUGCAUCUCUUGUCCUCUGGUACAAAAGUGAUUAACCUACACACUGAGGAUGUGACCAAAUUCAUCACAACUCACAACAAGUUUUAUGAGUCCUACAUAGUGGCAGAGGCAUACAACUGCAAGAAUAUCUGGCCUUCAGCCUUGUUCCAGCAUGUAAUAAUCAAUGGAGACUUGAAAUAUCUCCAGGACUACAAGGCACACAUAGGACUCAACACAGCAGUGAUACUGGAGGUGGCUGACAGGUACAGACGUGAAGGCAGUAAAAAUGGCAGCAGUGCCAGUAACAUGAAGAGGCUACUGGAGAGCUGCAAAGACAUUGUCACCAAGUUCAAAGUGGCACAAGAAUUUGCAUUUGAUGAUAUGUGGAAGGGCUUGUUAAAAGGAGACUCUGGGCCAUAUUUGCAAGAUGUUAUGGGCAGCAGAUGACUAUACUCAAAUUUUCAUUUAUUUGUAAUCAAACAGUAAAAUAAGCCCUGUUAUGAAUAUGUUUCAUCUAUGAGUAAGUAAGUGAGUAAGACUAUGACAUCAUUCUGCAAAGAUUAUUGCCCAGUUAUUGCAAAUUUUGCCAAUGAAAACUGUGAUAUGAAUCUAAUGAAACCAAGUUGUAUGAAAAUUGCUUUGAUCAAGAUAAAUGGAAAUGGUGCCUAUUGCAUUAUGUAAAUUCAUCAAAAGCUCCUAUUCAAAAAGUUAUAUGUUAGAUAGAGGAUAUAUUUUCAAAAUUCACCUUGCCAGACUUUCAGUUAUAAUUUUUUCUUGGCUGUUUUCCUUUGUAUGAUCAUUCCUUUGUAUGGAAAACAUGAAUAAACUAAGUUUAUUAACUAUUAUCAAUUACACCUGGGCCCUUUUUCAACAAGGACUACUAAUUUAACUACAUGUACUGCCAUUAAUGCUAAAUUUGGAGACCUAACUAAAGUCAAGAUUUACCCUAUAAUUAGGUGAAAAAAAGACGUGAUAAAUCAGCUCUGUUCCUCAUUUCUCAAGUAUUUUAUUAUCCUCCUCUCUCAAGCUUUCUUUUUAUCUACAAUACUAGAUGAGGCAGACCACAUUGGUGUAUUGGGGACUAUGAAUUACUACAAAAUAUAAUUUUCGGGUAAUUAACAUCCCAGUAAAAGGGCUUUCUUUACAGAAUGUUAUGUAUUUGUCAUUAUUGAAUAAUAUUAAAGGAAAUCAAAACCUGAAAGAGUCCUGCACUCCCAUAAGCUUAAAAAAAGUUUUAAGAAUACUCCUUCAAAGUUUUUAGUAAUAUUUGGCACUUGUGGAUGACAUAUUCUCUGUGCCAAAGGUUUUAUUACAGAACUUAGAAGGAUAAAAAGAAUGCUGAACUUUAAAAAAGUAUGCUUAAAGAUGAUUAAGUCUCAGUUCUUUAAUAUGGGUUUGAAAUAGGGGUAAUAUAGAAUUCAUAAGUCAAACUUGAUGCUUUUUACAUACAGACUGUAUAUGUCUGUAUGUAAUCUGAUCAGUGUCUGUCCCUGUUGUUGCUGUUGCCAAAUGUUCAUCCUAUUGCUGCCAAACCAAACUUUUAUUUUACUUAAAAUUUACAGUGUGACAUGGUUUGAAAAUUGGCAGGAAUUGAAUAAAUUACAUAAUAUACUGGGCUUGGGGAGAUUAUGAUGUGCUUUUCAGAUUAUGGUGUUUUUAGGUCAGAUUGAUGUAUAAGAAAGAUAUUCUGGUGAUGAAAUUCUUACUGUUUUUGAUGCUAUCGUGCACCUCAAGCAAAACUAACAAUUGUUAUCUCAGCCUGCUUGGGAAAAUGUGCUCUUUAUUGAUCCUCCUGUUAUCUUAAUGAUACCCCUGUAAUAGUGAAAAUAAUCCUAUUUUGCGUCCCAAGCCCAACUGUGCUGAUCUUUAUCUUGCACUGUUGGCAUGUAGUGCUCAGGUUAAGAUGUCUACUGGGAUCUCUGAUCAGUGGCCCACAGAGAUGAAAAAAAUUUUUUAUCAAAGCAGAUAAUUGUCAAUUUCUAGUAGUGCCCAAGUGUCAGCCAGAGGUGUAGAAUGGCUUAUGCUCUGCAGAGCAAAGACUGCGACAAGAACUGCAUCUUAAAAAAAAGCAAAAUGUUAGUUCUAUAAUUACCUCCAAAAAUGGAUAUGUCUUUAUUGGCUCCAAUAGCUCUUACUAUAGGAAUCACUUAAAUGUAUUUAUAUGCUUCUUACUGUGUAUCAGUAUAUAUAGAGAAUACUUUGUAUUUGAAAAGAUCAGAGAUAGCUGAUAUGCUUUCCCUAUCGCUGUUCAACGCCCCAU